CUCUGUGCCCGGCGGGGGUUUUCCGAGCCUCCCCGCGGCUGCCAUACCCGGCAGGCAGGGCUCCUUUUUUCCUGCCUCCCGCCUCUCCUGCGGCGGCGUCUCCAUUCUCCUCAGCCUUAACAGGGUUCCCUUCUCCCGGCCCGGCAUCGGCGGCUGUUGGCUUCCCGCGCGUAUCCCCUGAAGCCGGGGCUGCUGCAGUGCCCCCUCCGGGGCUGGGGGCGGCGCUGGGCCCGGCCGUCUCGGGGCCGGAUGGAGCCUCUUGGCCGGGGCCGGAGCAGCACCUCCUCGGCGAGGCCGGGCUGGAGGGUAGGGGAGGCCGGAGCCCUUUGUGUAUGCGAAAGCGGGGAUGCUGCCCACCGCCUCCCGGGUAAGGGGCCACCUUCCCUUCCCUUCCCUUCGGGGGAAAGAGCUCCUUUCUGCCGCCUACAAAGAGCUUCUCGCCCAGUCGCUCACCCUUCGGUGCAUCUGAAAAAUGUGGCAAUAGAAGGCAAAAGUGAACAGAAGGAGAUUUUAAGGAACAGUCAAGAUGGGCAUGAGGAUCAAACUGAAUAGCACUGACCAUCCGAAUAACUUGUUGAAGGAACUUAACAAAUCUCGAUUGACAGAGUCUAUGUGUGACGUCACCAUUGUUGUGGGUAGCUGUUCCUUCCCUGCACACAAAGCAGUGCUGGCGUGUGCAGCAGGCUAUUUCCAGAAUCUUUUCCUGAAUACAGGAUUGGAUGCUGCCCGCACUUAUGUAGUGGAUUUCAUUACUCCAGCCAACUUUGAAAAGAUUCUGAAUUUUGUUUAUACAUCAGAGCUCUUCACAGACCUUAUAAAUGUGGGUGUCAUUUAUGAGGUUGCUGAAAAAUUGGGCAUGGAUGAUUUGCUAAAGGCUUGCCAUUCUACCUUCCCGGAUUUGGAAAACUCAGCUGUCACUAAACAGCCUUCUGCCUCAAAUGAAAACCGGCCUAGUGGUGCUUUAGCUGAACCAAACCAUUCUCUAGGUGAAAGUCGAAAUAGUGGGGAACAACUGGGAUCAGAGCGAAAUUGCAAUAUGCAUGGUGAAGCAGCCACUGGCUACAAAGAAGAUCCUAUCAAUGAAGCUAGUCACAAUUUAAUACAUCCACAGACUCCCAAAGCUGAAGAGCAAGAAGUAACAGGACCAUUUACUGGUGCCAUGAGUAUAAUGACCCAGGCUGGGCUUGGUAAUAUUAGCAUGGCUGUUCAAACCACUGUAAACUCUUGUCAGCAGUAUAAGGUCCAGAGCAACGGGGAUUAUAACAAAAGUAAUCUUUUUGCCUCCGAUGUCUCCUUAGAUAUAUCAACAAGUAGCAAUUCCUGCCCCAGCAAUAGUGACCAUUCCAAAGAUCAUGUUUUUGGGCCAAUGGAUGAAUUGCAGCUGGAAGACUUGGGGGAAGAAGAUCUGCACUUUGAAGAUCCCAGUGAAGAGCUGGGUGCUGCAGAGGAGGUGAUAGAGCUGAGCGAUGAUAGCGAGGAGGAGCUAUCCUUUGAGAACGACAGCCGGGAAAACAAGGCCAUGCCUUGUCAAGUGUGCAAAAAGGUUUUGGAGCCCAACAUUCAGUUGAUCCGUCAGCAUGCCAGGGAUCAUGUAGACCUUCUGACUGGCAAUUGCAAGGUUUGUGAGACCCAUUUCCAAGACAGGAACUCUAGAGUCACUCAUGUCCUGUCACACAUUGGGAUAUUCCUUUUUUCCUGUGACAUGUGUGAGACUAAGUUUUUCACCCAGUGGCAGCUGAACCUUCAUCGCCGAGAAGGGGUGUUUGACAACAAUAUUAUUGUCCAUCCCAGUGACCCUCUGAUAGGGAAGGUCAAUUUGUUCAAUGGAGAUUUGGCAUGUGCUGCCUGUCGGAAACCACUGGCCAAAGAUUUUCAUGUGGUUCGUGGCCACAUCUUGGACCAUGUGAAUGUGAAAGGCCAAAUAUGUGGUAUAUGUGACCAGCAACAUCUCAAUCUCUGCAGCUUGAUGUGGCACACACUUUCCCACUUGGGAAUUUCUGUCUUUUCUUGCUCUAUCUGUGCCAGUAGUUUUGUGGAUAGACAUCUUUUGGAGAAACAUGUGGCUGUCCACCAAAGUAUGGAAGAAGCUCUCUUCCGGUGUCAUUACUGUGGCCAGGCUUUCAAACUUGAAGCUGCGUAUCGCUACCAUGUUAGUCAGCACAAGUGUAACUCUACUUUGGACCUCGUCCGGCCGAACUUUGGUGACCGUCUUCAUCAGCAAGCUUUGCAAAAGCGGAAGCUGACGGAGAAGUUCCUAAAUGAGGACGUGGCUCUCCAGAACCAACCUGGGAACAGUAAAUAUAGCUGUAAGGUUUGUGGGAAAAGAUUUGCUCAUACCAGUGAAUUCAACUACCAUCGGCGGAUCCACACAGGGGAGAAGCCCUAUCAGUGCAAAGUGUGUCACAAGUUCUUCCGUGGACGUUCUACCAUAAAGUGUCAUCUGAAGACACAUUCUGGGGCUCUCAUGUACCGGUGCACCGUUUGUGGCCACUACAGUUCCACCCUUAACCUUAUGAGCAAGCAUAUAGGUGUGCACAAAGGGAGCCUCCCACCAGACUUCACCAUUGAGCAAACUUUCAUGUACAUCAUCCAUUCCAAAGAUGCAGAAAAAAACGCAGAGAGUUGAUGAGCUAUACUGGGGAAGGAAACACUACCUGAGAGGAAACUUGUUUCAGAAUUAAAAAAAAAUACUUUUAAUGGUCUGUAUACUUUUAUUUUCUUAUGUUUCUUGUAGACUUUUCCUUAAAUCACUGUCCUGUGAAACAACAUCACAUUAGAUGUGUUACUGUUCUCAAAAAACCAUUGUGUUUACCUCCUGCUGAGUUGUUUCAAAUGUAAGAAAUAAGCUCUUUCGUUCUUCAUUUAAUAUAUUUCCCAUCUCAUGACUUCUCCCCUCCUCUCACAGGCUUUAUCUGACAUCAUUAGAAGAUUCAUGCUGCUAAGAAGUAUCAAUGCUCCAUGCCAGUAGGGCUAGCAGGGGAAAAAGUGGAAAGUAUGGAAAAAAAUGCUUCUGGUUUAUUGAUGACAAGGUUUAAUUUCCAAAAAUUAAAAAUGCAAUCCUAAGCAUACUUACUCAGAAAUAAGGCUGUCUUUGUUUUGAGGGGGUUAUUUCCUAUUGGUACAUGUAUUGUAGACACAUCUGUGCAUUCUUCCUUUCAAGAGGAUUGCCUUUUCUUACAUAGUAAAUGUAACUGUCAUGCCAGUCUACAGACUUUAAUUGAGAGAAACCUGAUCUCCAUACAGUGAAAAGCUGAUUUCUUUGAAUGAAGCUGUUAUUAAAGGGCUGGAUACCAGGGGUGAAAUCCAGCAGGUUCUGACAGGUUCUGGAAAACCGUAGCGGAAAUUUUGAGUACGGAGAACCGGUAGUGGAAAUUUUGAGUAGUUCGGAGAACCAGUAGCGGAAAUUUUGAGUAGUUCGGAGAACCGGCAAAUACCAUCUCUGACUGGCCCGAGAGAGGGGUGGGAAUGGAGAUUUUGCAAUAUCCUUCCUCUGCCACGCCCACCAAGCCACACCCACAGAACCGGCAAUAAAAAAAUGUGGAUUUCACCAUUGCUGGAUAUGUUUGGAGGUUUAAUCGGUCACCAAAUCUACCUUGUAUCUAGCCUUAAUUUGCAUUUGCCCUUUUCCAAAGGAUCAAUUAUUUUUUAAAAUAAAAUAAUAUCUAGUUUAUAACAGAGAGACCAAGAUAAAAAGAGGAUAGAUAGAUUUUAGGAGACCAGAGGAAGCGGAGUUUGCCGAUUUUGGAUUGAUUUUCAAUGGAAUGGAAAAGAGAAGAUUAUGAGAAACAAUUCUUAGUUUUGGCAAGGCACAUUUAUUUUAAUUGUUCAAACAAUAAGAUUUGAUCUGAAGUGCCUCUUUCAAAAAUUCUUAGGGCAUGGAAAAAUUGCAAGAGAUAAGGUUGCUUUCUUUCUUUUGCAAUGCUGCCUUAAUGCCAAUGUGGAAUUCUGUCAUUUAUAAUAUUUGUCUUGAACAAAUGUUCAAAUGUCUUGUUCAGAGGGUAAAAAUUUGAAAGCAAUAUAUUAUGCUAGUGCUUGGAAUCUUCCUUUUGACCUACAAUAUUUAUUUGCCUAAUAAAAUUUAGUUGGGCUUAUUUCUGAGUAAAGAUGGGUAGGAAUGCACAGUUGUGUUUGAAAAGACACUGUUGCCUUAAAACUUCUCUAUAAGGGGGAAUGAAAUAGAGUUUUUGUAUGACCUGCAAGCAGGACACUAAAUACACUGUUUUUACUUUCUGUUAAGAGUGAUUCAGAAGUUUUCUUAACAGUGGCGCUUAUUUUUACACUUUACAGAUUAUAGUGUUUGUUACAUUGAAAAUGCCACUCCUCCUUGCCCCUGCUACUAUGUCAGAUUGCAACAUGAGGAAUAUAGUUGCAUUGAUAUAACAGAUGUAACUUUUCUAAAGAAUUAAAGCCAAUUUGAAUAUAUUUUCAACACAUUUAGUUACAUGCAUAACUUUCUUGCUCCAGAAUUGAAUUUUAUUAACAACAAAACAAACAAUUACUUUGUUAAACUUCUCAGAGGUUCCAGUGGCAUUGAUUGGCUAAUGUUGACUGCAUUAUCAAAAGGCAUCCUGAUUCAUUCCUAGAACAUCGGCAGUUUUGAAAAUAUUUUCAAUAUUUGCAUAGCCGAAGGUGAUGAAAGUUAGAGUUCAGCUUAUAUGGAGGACACUGUAUUGGUAGAAGAAGAUGUUGCUGCUCAAAUGAAGAAUCUGUCAAAAUAAAGGAGCAUGGGCAAGACUACUAACCAAACAGCAUUUAUCUUGAUGAAUGAUUGUUGGAUGCAUAAAUUGUUGGAGGAAGGAAUCGGGUUGCAUUGCAGAAUUACCACAAGAUGGUAGCAAAGAGCUACAUAAAACUAUGAUUAAAUUUUUUAUAGCCCAGAUACCCUUCCCUACUUAUUAAUAAAUAUGUCUCUUGUUGUUGCCCUCAUAUAGUGCCUAUGAUAUCACAACCACUGUGCACCAUUAUUUCUUACACCUGUUUUACAUUUGUUUUGUCAGGUUUAAUAUGUUUCACUAUCAGUCCAAGAAAACCAAUUGUCUUUCAAUUAAAAGAAAAAGAAGAAAAACAGCAAAACUAUUUUGUCUCUCUUACCUUGUCACAAUAAUCCGCAUUGUAGUUUCCAAGUUAUUCUGAUCAUGUAGAGUUUUCUUCUGCUACCAACAUACAUCUUUUUUUAAAAAAGCAAAUUAUGUGUCUGCUUCUUCCCUUACAUCAUUCCUUUUUAAAAAAAAAAAUAGUGCAGAAGCAGGUUGUAAGUUCUGUCUUUGUGCUAAUGGAACAAUAAGCUAGCAGGAAGUACAGAUUUGUUUUAUCAGCUGAAAAGGCCAAAUAUAUUUGUUCUGUAAUAAUGAAAAGUCAUAGUAGAGGUUGAAAUUACAGCUUUCCCCCCCUUUUUUUUGAGGGGAUGGAAAAUUGGAAGUGGAACGAGGUGUAACUAACAUUUAGAGGGAGAGCAGAAGACAAAGGCCUUGAUUUGGAUUUUAGUUUGCUUCAUUUUGUGGAUCAUGUUUGAUGCCUCAAACAAGUAUAGUUCUGUGAUUCCCAUUCAAUGGGGAAUCAGUAGGAAAGAUGAUUUAUUGAGAGAUGGAACAGCUGGUUUGAGAACUGGCCCUUGGAAUAAUGCAAACUACCUCAUGAGGAGAAAGCACUCGAGUCUUCACAGCUCCUGUUGUGUACAAAUGGACUCUUGGGCUUCUAUAUAUAAACACACUUAUUAAAGAGAACAGAAAUGUAACCCUGGCCUAUGGGUGUGUAUGUGUGUAUGUAUGUAUGUAAAAACCGCAGCUCCAGGAAUCUCAGCUCUGAAACUAAUUCUAGUAGGGCAGCCUUUGGGCAGAUUUGCUUUGUCUUUGCUUAUAGUACCUACCUCUAAAGGAUGUUGUGAAGAUAAAUGUUUUGAUAUGUGUUCAAGAGAAAAGCACUUAUUUCUGUCUUGGUUUUCACAUCCUAGGAAAAUAAGAAUGUUUCAAUAAUACAUACAUUACAUGUGCAGAUAUUCAGUGUAUUUGGUUCCUUUCCCUUUGUGGCCUUGGACACCAAGAAGAUAUGCUGAGGAACUGAACAAUGUAUAUGGCAGAUGGGAAUAGCAUGAGGAAAUAUUAAUGCUGAGAAAUUUAGAUCAUUAUUUGUAAUGAUCUAAAAACUGCCCAGGGACUGAAUCACUAAUCUUGAUCUACUGAUAUGUUAAUGGCAGGACCCUGACCAGGAAGAUAGAACCAAAAAUAUGCCAAGCCAAAGGAUUUUGCUGUUGAAUAGAUAUUAAUCUUCUAGUAUUGGCUAAUCAAAAAGCUUCAUGCUACCUAUUAAUUUUGAUGAAUUUGGUAUUUCUUCCUUUUCUAUGCUGAAAGAUGGUUCUUCCCCGGGCCUUAUCUAUGUCCCUAUCUAAGGCUGUGGCUGCUGCUGCAUUUACGGUAUGUAUUUCAGGCAAUGCAUCCAAUGCUGUGAACCAUGUUUCCUGAAUAAAAAUGUGGCCUUCAGUAGGAGAAGUGGAGAAUGAGUUCCUAUAUAUUGCUUGUAUGUAGUAGGAAUUAAUUUAUUUAAAUCAAAGCAGAAUUCUACAGCUGCUUUCCUCUGAUUCUUCAGUGCCAAACCCGUCCUCCUGCUCCAUAGGGAUAACUAUUGCAGCUUGAGAAGUUUCUAGCAAAAUCUUGAUGAGUAAUUCGGCCUCAUAAUUAGGGCAUUUGGACCCAGAGAAUUGGGGAUUGGCUUCAAAUUCUGAACAUCUGCUUGAGUGUAGCAACUUUGGCCAAAUAACAGCACCUGCCUGCCUCAUAUAUUUAUCCACUCAUGAAUGAAGGUGGGGAGGAGGAAUAGUUAAAAAUACCUACCUCACAGGUGACAAGUUGUGAGGUGUAAUAAAUGUCUGUAAAGUGCUUUGGAACCCUUAGGGUUGUAGAAGGACUAAGUAUUGUAAUUAAAUAGCUUCACUCUGUUUGACAUGCUAUCAUUUGUGAAGAAUCCCUUCUCACCAUUAUCAUCCUAGCAGGGAAGGAUUUAGGCAUGGAACAGGUAUUCCAAUCACAUGUAGAACACUUUGAAAUAAUGAAAAAAAUUUUUGGAAAUGGAUGCAUUAUUAAUUAUUAUUUUCUGUAAACUUCAGCCCUGCCCUGCCCACCCCCUCCAUUUCUUCCAAAGAUCCAGAUGUCUUGAAAUGAAACAGCAAAAACAGAAUAACACCGAGCAUUGUGAUUGCUGUCAAAUCUCUUGGUUAAGUGAAUUGUAGGUACUGACCUCUCAGUUAUUUAAGUGUUUACUAUCUAUUUGCUGUAAAGUUUGUAUAUUUUGUAAAACUUUUCUCCUUCUUAAAGAAAAGAAAGUAGAUGUCUAAAAUGGUUGUACAUCGGAUUCUUUUAUACUCCAUUGUUUGGCACAAAAGUGUGUUUUUUAUUUAGAAUAAUAAAAGUGAAAACUGAAAGAG